AUGAUUAGCACUUUUCUCUACUUGAGUUUAUGUUUACUUUCAACAACAAGUGCAUUUAUUCUUCGUAAUAAAGAAAAUAUUAUCCUGAUUCCUACUGCUGCGUUUCGAGAUCAUUCGAAAGUGCCUUCAACGGAUUGGCUUCUUUAUAAUAAGGGCUGGUACUAUGAAGAAAAUAAUGUUCAAGCAAAGAUCUUGGAAAAAUCUUUGGAAUUAGUCGUCAAGAAGGAUUUGGAUAACAACCGUAUCAAACUAUUUACUGCUGAAGGAGAAAAAAACAAAGAUCUAUGCGUCGAUGGUUUAAAUCGAUCGAUGUGUACGAAAACCGACGACGAAGGUCGAAUUAAAAAUACCUUUCAACUAACCGAUGCUGAAUUGAAGCAAUUCAUCCAAGCCGAAGGAAAUACCGCCAAAUUGUUCUAUCAAGCUUCGGUUCCAAAUCGAAAUAUUCGAGCAACUGGCGAAGUUUACGUAUGCGACGAUAAUGGUGUAACAUUCAUUAGUGAUAUUGACGAUACAAUCAAAAUCACCGGUGUUACAUCAAACACGGAGACUUUAAUCAAUACAUUUAGUGGUGAAUUUAAAGCUGUAUCAGGUAUGUCGGAUAUCUAUCAAUAUUGGCAAAAACAGUACACUGCUACAUUUGCCUAUUUGACUGCAUCUCCUGAUCAACUUUAUCCGUUUUUACGUGAAUUUCUCGAUCGCGAAAACUUCCCCACUGGUUCAUACCAUAUGCGUCAUUUUACAUGGCUUGACAAGAAUUUCAUCUCAUUUUUCAUGUCGAGCGACUACAUCAAAAGUAAAACGGACACGAUUGAAAUGUUCAUCAACAACACAGUUAAUCGUACAUUUGUGUUGAUCGGUGAUAUAUUUCAAAAAGAUCCAGACAUCUAUGCUGGUAUUUAUGCGAAAUAUUCAAGUCGAAUUGGAAAAAUUUUUAUUCGCAAAUAUAGUAAUGAUGAAACCGGCCAACAACGUCUGGAACAAGUGUUCAAAGACAUACCAAAACAAAAAUGGGGCACAUUCGAGUCUGGAAGUGACUUACCACGAGAUAAUUUUCUAGUUUGA